AGACCUGGAGGUGGCGGCGGGGACGGACGCCCGGGCUCCCCGAGGCUGCGGGAUGUGGAGCGGCCAGCCCCAACCGGACGAGGGCCACCUGCCGCCCCUUGAAGCUGUCUCGGUCUCCUGGAAGAGUGUGGACUCCUGCAAAGGCUGCAGGGAGUCCCCGGGAGACCAGGUGGAGGCCUCUGCAGAGGAGGAGACCCCAGGUGAGGAGGGCCCUGCAGCCGCCCAGGCCCGGCUGGACGUGUCUCGCCUUCGCAGCUCGUCCAUGGAGAUCCGCGAGAAGGGCUCAGAGUUCCUGAAGGAGGAGCUGCACAAAGCCCAGAAGGAGCUAAAGCUGAAGGAUGAGGAGUGUGAGCGGCUGUCCAAGGUCCGCGAGCAGCUGGAACGGGAGCUGGAGGAGCUGACGGCCAGUCUGUUCGAGGAAGCCCACAAGAUGGUUCGAGAAGCCAACAUGAAGCAGGCAGCGUCAGAAAAGCAACUAAAAGAGGCUCGGGGCAAGAUCGACAUGCUGCAGGCAGAGGUGACAGCCUUGAAGACACUGGUCAUCACGUCCACACCGGCCUCUCCCAACCGAGAGCUCCACCCACAGCUGCUGAGCCCCACCAAGGCCGUGCCCCGCAAGGGCCACCUGCGUCAUAAGAGCACCAGCAGUGCCCUCUGCCCUGUUGUGUGCCCUGCUGCAGGCCACAUCCUCACCCCAGACAAGGAGGGCAAAGAGGUGGACACAACGCUGUUUGCAGAGUUUCAGGCCUGGAGGGAAUCGCCUGCCCUGGACAAGAACAGCCCCUUCCUGGAGAGGGUUUACCGGGAGGACGUGGGCCCCUGCCUGGACUUCACCACGCAGGAGCUCUCCGCUCUGGUUCGGGCUGCCGUGGAGGACAACACGCUCACCAUCGAGCCCGUGGCUCCGCAAACACCGCCCACGGUGAAGGUGGCCGCAGUUGAGUACGGCAGCACCAACACAUGCGCCCUGAGUGGGUUGGCCCGUGCCUGUCGCCAUCGAAUCCGGCUCGGGGACUCCGAGAGCCACUACUACAUCUCGCCAUCCUCCCGGGCCAGGAUCACGGCUGUGUGCAACUUCUUUACCUACAUCCGCUACAUCCAGCAGGGCCUGGUGCGGCAGGACGCAGAGCCGAUGUUCUGGGAGAUCACGAGGCUGCGGAAGGAGAUGUCGCUGGCCAAGCUGGGUUUCUUCCCCCAAGAAGCCUAGGGCCUGGCCCUGGCCUGGAGUGGGGCUCGGAGCUGGAGCCAACACCUGCCCCAGGACAGAUAGAUGGACAGGAAGACAGGAUACUGGAGCCAGCCCUGAGCCAGAAGCUGAACAGAUGGACAAAUGGCCAGGCCAUGGAGGCAGCACUGAACCGGUACCAACAUCCAUUCCCGGUCAGACAGGAUCUCAUGGGAUGAUUCUCUUUCUUCCCCGGUGGUACUACAGCCACCAGGAGACUCUAGAAAGCACCAAAGACCAAGAAGCCUGGAUCUACACUCAGGAGCUCAGCUUUUGGGGGGACACCAAGGCAGCCAGCACCCUCAGCCCCAGUUCCUGGAGCUGCUGCCUACAGGUGCCUUGUUGCUGCCAUUUCCUCCAAAAGGAACCUGCUGGGUCUCCUGAUCUCCAGGUAUCCCCCACCCCAGUUCCCAAGCCCAGGGCACCAGCACCCCCUUGUGGCCAUCCCUCACCCCAUCCCUGGUGGUCUCUCCUUUGGAUUGCCUCAGUGGGCCUGCCAUCCUGCAGAGGGGCAGUGGUGCUAGGAGGGGCCAGCAGGGACUUCCACCCCAACUGGCCCUCCCACUUGACCUGCCCUGUCCCUGUCUGAGCCCUGUGUUCCAGAAGAUCAGGCCCCAUCGCCGCUGCAAGGACUCUGGCACUUUUCUCCCAAAGUAAAACACAGACAGGACUUCGGGGCACCAUGCCUGUUUUCAGCUGUGGUGGCCAUUCAGACAACAGGGAACUGAGGUCACCAAGCCCUGCACGCAAGACUAGGGUGGGGCCCCAGGCCCCUCCUCACCCCUCACAGCCCACUUGGGACUGGGGUAGAACCUGGACACAUCCCUCAGCACGUCCAAUUCCCUCCUCUGAAUGGAAUGUAACGCCAUCUCUAUUUAAUAAAGGAAGCCUUUGUUGGUAGAGGCUGGGCA